GUCAAGGGGCAGACGAUUAGUAGUUUGUGCUUCCGGAAGGUGAGGAGGGGGGGAUAGAUAGAUAGAUAGAUAGAUAGAUGGGUGGUGGGUGGCGUGGCGUGGAUUAGAACAAUGAAAAUAAAGACGAUAUUGUAGCUGGCUGGCUGCUGAUGAAGUUUAUGAUUUAUUUUUACCUCUUACCUUGGCUGAUUACCUACUUGUAUGCCUUUUUCAUUCUGAAUUUUCUCCAUCCAUCCAUCCACACACCAAUACAUACACGACCGAACAAAACGGACAGAAUAAAUCUAUCUCUCAUGCCUCUACUUCCUUACUUCCUUAAUCCCCGUCCUAGACAAAUCAAAACCGAGGAAAUUAAACGUCCAUCGGAGUCUACAGGUGGGAGUAAGUACCUAACUAUCUACCAACUUAGAUAGGUAAGUAUUCAUGCUUUAUAAAGAUACAUACACAUAUACACAUGUUCAUUCGUACAUUUCUUACCUAUCCAGGGACCUACUUACACGCGGCUUCCUCCUGAUUUACUCAAAUCGUGGGCCAGGGAGGUUAGGGAAGUAAGUAAGUACAUAGCUGCUUGGUCGCUAUUACUAAUGAUAACAACAUAUAAAGAGCAUUCGUCAAACUUAUCAUUCCUAUUUUCUUGUCCUUCUUCUUUUUCUUCUUUUUCUUCCAAUGUUACCACUCGUUACAACUAGUUAAUGAAUGGUCAGUGGUUAUGUCUUCCAUUUUAUAUUUAUAUUUAUAUUUUAUUUUGCCUUACAGAGUUCCU